AUGUCGUCUGGACAGGGAGAUUCGAAGCUCUUUGCCAGGGGCAAAGUUGCUGAGCUGCGAGCGGAGCUCACCAAUCCUGGCAAAAAGGACAAGAACCACGCCACCAAAAAGAAUGCUUUGAAAAAGAUCGUCGCCAAUAUGACCAUGAGCAACAACGACAUGGUCGCUCUCUUUCCAGAUAUCGUGGCUUGCAUGGAUAUUCCAGUCCUCGAGAUCAAGAAGAUGUGUUUCUUGUACCUUCAGCAUUACGCUCGAAUGAAACCAGACAUAGCAUUGCGAGCCUUGCCGGUGCUGGAAGAGGAUCUCCUGGACCCAAAUCCCUUAAUCCGAGCACUUGCAUUGCGGACUAUCUCAUAUAUCCACGUUCGAGAAUUCGUUGAAGGCGCGAUUACCCCACUGAAAAAGCUAAUGGUAGACCAAGACCCCUAUGUCCGCAAAACAGCCGCCAUUACCGUCGCCAAAAUCUACGACCACGACAAGCGACUCGUCGAGGGAUCAGACCUGAUUGAUCGACUCAAUAGAAUGCUGAAGGAUGAGAAUCCUACGGUUGUCGCAAGCGCACUUUCUGCGUUACAAGAUAUCUGGGAGAGGAGCGAAAACAUCAAGUUGACCAUUGACUACGCCAGCGCCUCCAAAAUCAUUUCGAUCCUCCCGGACUGCAAUGAAUGGUCUCAGACCUACAUAUUGGAAGCGAUAGUAUCCUACGUCCCACACGAAUCUGGCGAGGCCCUCUUACUGGCAGAACGAAUAUCAUCUCGGCUUUCGCACUCGAACUCCGCCGUGGUGCUUACCUGCAUCCGUGUCAUUAUGUACCUCAUGAACUACAUUUCUGACCAGAGGAAAGUGGACGAACUCGCCCGCAAACUAUCCCCGCCUCUUGUCACCCUCCUCUCCAAGCCACCAGAGAUCCAAUAUCUCGCCCUGAGAAAUGCCAUACUCAUCCUCCAACAAAGGCCUGAGGUCCUGCAAAAUGACAUCCGCGUGUUUUUCUGCAAGUACAACGAUCCGAUAUAUGUCAAGGUGACGAAACUGGAGUUGAUCUUCAUGCUGGCCAAUAAGAGCAACAUUUCGGUGGUUCUCAACGAGUUGAGAGAGUACGCGACCGAGAUUGACGUCCAGUUUGUGCGUAAGGCUGUUCGAGCAAUCGGAAAACUUGCGAUCAAGAUUGAGCCGGCGGCACGGCAGUGUAUCGACGCCCUCCUGGAACUGGUCAAUGCCAAAAUUCCGUACAUCGUGCAAGAGGCAACGGUGGUCAUCAAAAACAUUUUCCGCAAAUACCCCAACCAGUACGAAUCCGUCAUCUCCACCGUGAUCGGCCAGAUUGAUGAAUUGGAUGAGCCCGAAGCAAAGGCUGCAAUCAUCUGGAUCAUUGGAGAGUACGCUGACCGAAUCGACAACGCCGAUUCACUGCUCCAGGACUACCUGUCCACUUUCCAUGAAGAGCCCAUCGAGGUCCAACUCGCCCUCCUGACGGCAACAGUGAAACUCUUCCUCCACCGUCCGACGAAGGGCUCGUCAAUCGUCCCGCAAGUGCUAAAAUGGUGCACCGAAGAAUCAGACGACCCGGAUCUUCGCGAUCGAGGUUACAUGUACUGGCGGCUGUUAUCUACCGACCCGGUGACAGCCAAGAAAGUUGUCAUGGGAACGAAACCGCCCAUUACAGCUGAAAGCGAGAAGCUGGACCCCACCACUCUGGAAGAGCUGUGCCUGGGCAUCGGGACUCUCGCCACCAUUUAUUUGAAGCCAGUCCAACAAGUCUUCCGUUCUGCACGGACGCGCCGGCUGCAGGAUUCACCCGCCCUGCAGAGGAAGAGAGAAGACCUGAACCGCGCUCUGACCGGGCUGGACCUCGCGAAUCCUCUGUCGUUGAACACGGCCGUCACCACACCAGGCGGCACGGCCGUGCCCAACCACCAAGCUGCGAUUGAAGCCGCCGACGAGUAUUUCAAGAACCUGAGCCUGAGUGACAGCAGUGGGGGGGACAUCCUGACCAGCCCGACCGUUGGGGGUGGAGGAAACCCGUACAUUGUCAGCCAGGGCGCGCCACAGCCGACUUUUCAUCCGCAAACCAGUGUCGCCAACAACGGAGAUCUCCUGUACUAG